AUGAGAGCUCUUGUGUGGUGUGUUUUGGUACUGAUUCUCUUUCAAUUUGGCACUAUCGACAGCGCAAAUUCUUUGCGUCGACCCGCGAGACAAGCGAUCCUCGACAACAGAUACAACGGCUACCAGUAUCCUCGUAGAGGAAACUUCAAGGACAGCAGCGGUGAUUCGCAUUCCAAUGAGCGCUACGGCAUGACUUCCGGACGCGGUUAA